UAAUAACGCUCUAUUCAUUGCAGCCAUACUUGUCAUGGGAUAACGCAAACUAGGACAAAAAAAGCACUACUACCCACAGCAUCCUCGUGACUAUUGUACGGGAGGAAAUUGAUUUCCAGAACUAUCCGUACGGCCAUCCCCGCCGCCGCAUGUGGCCCGCAGCCGGGUGUGAGGCCGGGGACGGAUUAGUGGGGCGCACACGAGUCCUGCGUCAGGAGGGGCGGGGCCGGCGGCUCAGGCAGCACUAGGACGUGCGCUCCUCCUGCAGAGCUCAGAGCAGCCAGCAAUGCCGACCUGCCCGCUGCUCGCCCGCCUGCUGCUGGGAAGGGAAGAGUUAAAAAGAAGGUUCCGCUGAAGCCGUAAGACUUGGCUUUAACCCCAUCACUCCCAGAGUGAAUGAAGCUGGGCGCUCGCCAUCCUCUCCUGCCAAGCUGCCGGGCAUGAGUGACCAAUUGCGGGAUUAUUCGGAAAUCUCUUAAUGGAAGCUAUGUCACCUCAACAGGACAAUGGUGGACAACAGCCCCGAUCGUCGUCCUUGACCGGGGAGCCCAAAAUAUCCGGGGGCAACGAAAAUCGCAAGAAAAUGAAGAGCUUGGCACAAAGACGCCAAUCUGCUCCAUCACUCGUGUUAAGUAAAGCUCUGAAUAAGUCGAAAACCAUAACCAAGGAUGGGUGCUUCUCACCUGUAAGCCCGGAAUCCUGUCCUCUUGUCCAAGCCUUCGUCUGUCCCAGCCGAUCAUUCAUAAUGCACAGCCAUGUUCAGCUGAAGACCGGUCUGCAGACACAGGAGCGCCAUCUUUUCCUCUUCACCGACAUCCUUAUCAUUGCCAAGUCAAAGUCCCCAUCUCACUAUAAACUGAAGCACCAUGUCCGGGUGAGCGAGAUGUGGACAGCGUCUUGCAUGGAGGAAGUCUGCGAGGGCAGCACUUACCCCGAGAGGUCGUUUGUCAUCGGCUGGCCAGUCACCAACUGUGUCGCCACUUUCAGCACCCCAGAAGAGAAGGACAGAUGGCUCAGGCUAUUCGAAAGAUACAUCAAAGAAGAAAAGGAAAAUGACCACCCUAAAGUAAUCCCUCUGAAGAUCAUUACCAAGGAUAUUGGGAACUGUGCCUAUUCAAAAGCUCUGACUGUAACCAAUGAAGAUACUGUGACUGAUGUCAUUAAAAUGGCCUUGCAGCAAUUUGGAGUGGAGGGCUCAGAAACAGAUUACCAGUUGUGGGUCACCUCGGGCAAAGAUGAUGCACCUUAUCCUCUUAUUGGACAUGAAUUUCCAUUUGGGAUUAAAAUGAGCCAUAUCCGUGACGCUUUGCCACAAAUGCAGGGGGCAAAUAACGCCAUCAAUCUGGAGGGGGCUUUCCUCAUGGAGCAGCUGCCCCGGGAGAUGCAGUGUCAGUUCAUACUGAAGCCCAGCCGCCUGGCCGUAUGUCAGCAGCUAGCCGAUCCGAGCCAAAAGCCAUUUAAGAGGAAACGCUCCAUCAUAAACUGGACCUUCUGGCGCGGUUCAAACUCUCAGCUGGAUAACAUCCCUCUUUCUCCAACCUCUUCAGCUCCUGGAAAGCUCUUUGGACUUUCGUUGCCUGCCAUAUGUGAGAAUGACAACCUGCCUAAAGCUGUCAUGGAUAUGUUAUCUGUCCUUUGCCAAGAUGGACCAUUCACAAGAGGCAUCUUUAGACGUUCUGCUAAUGCGAAAUCCUGCAAGGAGAUGAAAGAAAGGCUCAACUCUGGAUUUCAUGUUGAUUUUGCUUGUGAAUCUAUUUUUGUCACAGCAUCUGUGUUUAAGGAUUUCCUUCGUAAUAUUCCCGGCAGUGUCUUUUCAUCUAAACUCUGUGACAAAUGGGUUUCUGUGCUGAAUCAAGGAAGUCAAACGGAGAAAAUAAAAGCUGUGAAGAAACUACUAGAGAAGCUCCCGCAGACGAACGUCACACUUCUGCGCUAUGUGUUUGGAGUCUUACGUUGCAUUGAGCAGCGUUCUGAGAACAACCAAAUGACAGCCUUCAAUCUCGCUGUAUGCAUCUCUCCUAGUCUUCUUUGGAUGCCCAACCCUUCCAGCCCAGAGGCUGAGGGUGAAUUCACAAGAAAGGUGUCGGUUCUCGUGCAGUUCCUGAUAGAGAAUUAUUGCUUGGUUUUCGGAGAUGAUAUUUCAUUGCUAUAUGCCAACUUGUCACCGAAGGAUGAUAACAGAGAGGAUAGUUCAGAUAUUUGUUCUUUCAAGCAUAUUGACUCAUCUUACGAUAGCCUGGAGAAUGAACUUAAUGAUGAUGGAGAUUCCUCGUACAGUGGUCUGCCUACAAGGAGGAAUCAUGACAACAGAAGCAGAGAUUCUGUUUUGACGCUAAGUGAUUGUGAUCUGGAUCACGUCUACAAUGAAGAGAACAGGGCCUAUAACUCCUCCCAUGCACAACCUUUGAAGAUGUCAGCAACGUCUCAACGUCGAUCAGUGUUACAUGAGCAGUCUGAGGAGGACUCCCUGUGUUCCAAUACUUCUGGAUACUCCUCUACUACCGAUGUGAGGCGGCACAGACGUUGCUCGGAACCAGCUAUUGGAAUUUUGGCUUCAAGGUUCAGUCAACUUAAUGAGUCUCCGCAUGAGAACAACUCAAGUUGUGAUGCUCUUCUUUCUCAGUCAGCUGAUGAUCAUCUCAAGCAGCAUCGCUAUCUUCAAGUUGAAGGCCAAAAACUUAUAAAUCGCAGUUUGACUUUGGGUAUUGACGUUGGUAAAAAUGGUAAUAAAAAGCAGACAGGGGAGAAGAAGGGAACCUCCAAUAGACUCAUGCCACCCAAUGCUUUGAGACUAAAUAUUUGCUCUCGAACUAGUUGUUCUAGCUUGUCUUCUCCUGGGACAUCUCCUUCAGGAUCUUCAUUGAGUUCCUUGGACAGUGCUUUUUCUCAGUUCUCAGACUAUUCAGUGUUAAACUCAAAUGAAGUGCCUUCACCCUUGGACUGCACAUUGCGGCAACACAAAAAACAAGUAGAACUCAGUCCAGAUUUCCUUGGAGAAAAUUCCUUUUCAGGAUUUGUACUAGAUGAAGAGGGCAAGCAGCCUUAUAAUGGCUCCGCUUAUAUUACUGGAAAAGAUGGAGCUGAGUUUCCAAACAAUAAAAUUUCGCUUAGCGCUCCACCCAUGGCAUGGUUAAAAAAUAGCCGAUCUGCUGUAAAAAUCUGGUCCUCAAAAAAGACAGACAAGCAUGAUACUAGCCAUGCCACAAAAGCACUAUCAGCAAAUAUACAGGAAAUUUCUGAAUGUUCCUUAUUUAGGGAACACAUAACUGUGCCAAAUUUGGAGUGUGAAGCCAAGUACCUCCCAACAGGACAUAGACCUAAGGAAUACAAGGAGGAGGAUCCUCAAAGUCAAACCUCUAAACAUGGUGAAGAAGUAAGUAGUCGGAAACUCUUACCACAUGGCAGAGAUAAGGUUGUCCUUGAUAAAAAUGGGAAUGGUGACAACGGUUUGGAUUGUAGCUCAUUUAUAUUCCCAUCUCCUGUCUCCAUCAACAUUGAAAUAUCUUCACACGUCCAAGAAAGCACACAAUUGCCACAAACAUUUUUUCUCGGUCAUAAUAUUUCAUUGUUUAGUCAGAGGAACCGUAGAAAAUCUACUAAUUCUUGCAGCUUAGAGGAGCCUGUGCUUCUCAAUUCAAGUCUGAAGUCUUCUAGUGAACAUUCAAUCCACCAGCCUGAAGAGAACCCGUCUUGCACAAAGGAUGACACCACCAAAACCUCACUCAGUAGGGAUAUCAGCAUUCGCGUGGCCAGUUUUAAGAAGAAUAAAGUGCUACCUUCUAAUGUGGACACUGGAAUUAGGAUUGCAAAUUGCGACUUGGAGAAAAACUUUUGUGUGUCUCCAAAGCUAAGCACCAGUACUGGAGACUUAUUUUUCCAGUCGGACAUUCACAAACAAAUGAAAAAUCCACAAGAAUGUGACAGUCCCAUUACUAAGGGUGGCAGAGAUUGGCCCUCCAAAUUUUGUAGUGACCCGAAAUUUGAAGACCUUGACCAAAGAUUUUUCGCAGAGGAAUCCUAUGUAUAGGGUUGGGUUAGGAGAACCCAACUAUCCUUCUUCAGUGGUCCUGAACUGCAUCUGGCAUACAAACUAAUGGUUUUAUUCAUAUAUUAUGAAUCCAUUUUGACUAUGGACGAGUCUAAUUUAUGUGUAUGAGUGUAGUGUGUUUUUUAUGAGAAAUUUACAGUAUUUGACUUUCUUAGUGUUCAUACAAGUGUUCCACUAGCAUUCAUUGAUACUCAUUAUGAAGUACAUAUGGGUUUGUUAUGUAUUGUGUUGUCUGAAUGGAAAUUAAAGGGGUUGUCUAAAAUAUGCCUAGGUGUGGGUCCCAAAACAGAACCCCCGAAGUGAGUGAAGAGCAGCCGCACAUGAACUGCUGCCGUCCAUUAAUUUCUAUGGAACUGCCAGAGGUGGGACCCACACUUAUGUCCAGAAUGGGACCUGAAAGUGAAGGAAAGUGCACUAUGUGCGUUUGGUGUGCUCUCCCUUCAUUUCUCUGGGAGUUCCGAAAAUAGCUGAGUAAAGUUACGCACUUGGCUAUUUUCGGGAGUCCCAUAGAAAUGAAAGGAAAAUGCAAUGCGCAAGCGCGGCCACCACUCCGUUCACUUCUAUUGAACUGCCAGAGAUAGCCAAACCAGUGCUCGGCUAUUUUUAGCAGUCUCCUAGAAAUUAAUGGAGCGUGGCCGUGCAUACAAAGCUGCUCUCCACUGAGUUUGGGGGUCCCAUUUUGGGACCCACACCUAUCUGAGAUUGGUGGCAUAUCCUAGUGAUAUGCCCCCAAUGUGUAAGAUGGGACAACCCCUUUAAGUGGAAGUGUCCCUGUCUGCAGGCCUUAUACUGUAUAUUAUUAGGUUUGUAAGGAGAACAUUUUACCCUAAAAGUUAAAGGGAAUUGCUAACCAUGAUUAUGCUCUUAUUAUAUAGUUUUUAGGCCCAAAAUUUUGUGUUGAUUCAUUUUUUAAUAUGUCUUUAUAAUGGUCAUAGAUUGCAUUCCUGAAACAGAGCUUCAAAGCCAUUGCAUACAUAUCGAUGUAAAAUAUAACAUGCUGGCUACCUGCAGCCUCCACUAGAGGGAGACAGGAUGCUCACUGCAUACAAGGUUAUUAUCGAGUUCAAUGUAUAACAAUAUGCUAUAGCCUCUGAAGCUCCUAUGGUAAUUAAAGGGAGUGAGCAUAUUAUUACCUUUAAAUCUAUGCCUAUACUUGGGAUUUGAAGCUCUGUAUCAGAGAAACUGAACUCUGUAAGAAAGAUAUAUGAAAUGAAUCAGCACAGAAUAUAAGGAUGGACAUUCCCUUUUUAAGAAUAAUCUUCCUGGGUGAAAUGUAAAGAGUAUGGACAUCUUCAGGGCAAUUUUUAUGACUGCAUUUACUGAUUUUAGCUAAAAAUCAUUUUUUUAUCAGUCUUCAUUAAAACCUUUUCUGCAGUUUUUGUGAUACAUGGGCUUAAAAAUCUGUAUAAUUUUCUGCAGUUUUUGUGAUACAUGGGAUUAAACAUCAGUCUAUUAGCAGACUGUUGCUCCUGAGUUCAGUCAGAUGAUGGCUAUUGUGAAGUAUUAUCUCUGAUCUCCUGACUCAUGAGGUCAGAAGAUCAGAGAUAAGACUUCACAUGAGCUGUCAGCUGACCGAACUCAGGAAGGACAGUAGACUCGUUUUUAACCCCAUGUAUCACAAAAACUGCUGAAGAUUUUUAAUAAAGACCAAUUGAAAAAAUUAUCUUUAGCCCAAAAUGAGCAAAAUUAAAUCAUAAGGAAAUUGCCCCGAAGGUGUUCAUGGCCUUUAAAAUGGUCAUAUUUGGAAAUGGUGAAGGGAAGGAUAGAUUGUAUAUAUGGAUGAUAUCUCAUGCUGCUAGGUUGCGCAGGGAGACAACAUCCGAAUAUGAGGAGCUGAACUUCCACUCACAGAAGGACAUCAGCACUUUGGCCAACCACGUUCUAUUUCAGGGAGAUAAUACACGUCAUGGUUAUCACAGUUUACAACUGUAGUAAUGCAAUAUUACACCGUCUCCAAGUGCCAUAACCUAAUGCAUGAAAAUAUGUGCAGAACAUGAGCUCUACCGCAGUCGCACAGUGAGAUACACAUGGCAGAUAAAUACGCACUUUCCUGAAGGUCUCUGUAUACUUAAGACAAAAUGCCUACAGACAAAAUACUAUAAAGGGGCCUACUGAUGGGUGCACUUAAUUUUUAGUGAGAACCUAGAGGUAAGAUAUACCGGAGAUGGAAUUUAACCUGUUUAUGCUAUUACAUCUUAGUGUUAGAUUUUAACUGUGCAAUAUUGUGUGCUCUAUGCUUGUGUAAUUUAUGUUACGUGUCCUCCUAUAUUUAAAGUAAGAAUCUCAUCGGCUUCAUGAGUUUGUACAGAUCGUCCUGAUGUCAUUUCCAUACUAUUGCUAUUAUCAAAAGAUGUGUAUUUUUGUACUUGCGGAAGAUGCUGCUAACUUUCUAUGGUUUUGUUCAUCGGUUUGUUAUGGCACUGAUAAGAAUAAUAUAUGUAUUCUAUUGUAUGGAGUAAUAAAGCCAUUGUAACAGACAUCAUACUCUGCCAGGAAAGGACUGCAGA